AUGUAUGCGUUGCCUAUUCACCCGGCACUCUACCUCGGGGGGAUAUCUUUGGACCUUCCAGCCAUGUCGUGGAACGAUUUUCAAGGGAAAAAGCCUCCGUCCUUUGGCCAUGCGAUGCUAGAAUACUUUGCCUUCGACCCUGGCUACACCAAUCUCAACCAUGGCUCCUACGGCUCUCUUCCACGACCCGUAUCUGCCUACUGUGACUCUUUGAAUGCUGAAGCAGAGUCCAACCCAGACAAAUGGAUUCGCCAGACAUACCUUCCUCUUCUCACCGAUGUCCGCACUCGUCUUGCGACUCUCCUUGGGGCCAAACCGGAAGAAUGUGUCAUGGUCCCCAAUGCAUCUCAUGGAAUGUCGACGGUGUUGCGUAACUUGCUAUGGAAAGCGGGCGACAUUCUUGUUACUUAUAGCACGACUUACGGCUCAGUAUUGUCCACCGCUCAAUACAUCUCCGACACUCUGCCUCAUCCGACGUUAUCUCAAAUCAAAAUCACUUUCCCCACAACUCGUUCUGUCGUCCUGAAGCAGUUCCGCGCGCAUCUUGCCGCCAUUCAACGCCAACCUCGUCAGCAAGUCGUCGCAGUCAUCGAUGGUAUGGUCUCAGUACCAGGUCUUUGGCUGCCCUGGAAAGAAAUGGUCGCUAUCGCCAAAGAGUUCAACGUUCUCAGUCUCGUUGAUGCUGCACAUCUCGUUGGACAAGAAACGGGUUUGAACUUGAAUGAAGUCGAUCCAGAUUUCUGGGUCUCUAAUUGUCACAAGUGGCUAUAUGCCAAACGGUCGGCGGCUGUUCUCUACGUUCCUCUUCGCAACCAGCACUACAUCAAGUCCACAUUCCCAACCUCGGCCGCAUAUCUCUCUCCCUCUGCACGUCCGCAACACGAAGGUCACAAAAACUUUGUCCAGCAAUUCGACUGGACUGCAACCAUCGACUUUGUCCCCUUCCUCAGUGUGUCUGCUGCCCUCGACUUCCGCGCAUGGCUGGGCGGGGAGAACAAAAUCAACGCCUACUGUCGUGAUCUUGCCAAGCGCGGAGGAAUUCGGCUCGCAGAAAUGCUGAGUACCACCGGCCAACUUAUCGCAGACGACGGAAUGGCUCUUAACAUGGUUAAUGUCCGCCUUCCUCUCCCGCAAACGCCAGCAUUGGACCGUGCACCUAUCCAAAGAAAGAUAGCCCAACGGCUCCUUUCCCCAGAGUCGGGCGUCUUUACAAUUGUGUGGUACAUUGAGGACCACGAAACGCAUUCGGGGUGGUGGACACGGUGUUGCGCUCAGGUGUGGAGUGAGAUUGCCGACUUUGAGAAGCUCGGAAGGGUCUUACUAGACGUCUGCGCUGAAUUGAAGUCAAGCGGCGCGGUAGAUAAUGUGGUACACGGGAAGCUAUGA